AACUCUAGAGGUGGUUUAAGUGGGGAAUUAUCAUUUUCAACUACCACAUCACCCAAAGCUGAACCGAUACAAUAUACUUCUUUGAAUCCUAACUUUCGUACCAUUUCGCCAAAUCAUGUAGCACCACCUCCACCUAAUACUGUUAAUUCUUCUACUACUACACCAUCUCCCCCUCAAAUAUCUAUAAAAUCUACUGGACAAUACAGAGCUUAUUCUCCACAACAUUUUUAUCAAAAUCGAAUUCUUGAUCAAUAUGCAUCUCAAUCUGUCAACCCAAUUACUCUUAGACAACUUAUAGUAUUUGGUCGUAAUCUGACCGAAGAAAGAAUUAUUAAAAGUGGAAAUUAUGUGAGAAGUGAACUUCCAGUACGAAUAGCUCAUAGAAUAAGAGAUUUCCAAAAUUUACCUUUUAUCGUGGGAACAAAUCCCCAUCUUGCUAGGGUUUAUGAUUUAUAUUGGUUUGCAUUUGAAAAAUUAAGAAAAAUUCCUCCUAUAAGAACUAUUGAAGAAAAUAAUGAAUGGUGUGAAACUAUAAAAGGCUUGUUAAAAGAUCAUUUAGUAGUAAUUCCUCAAUUAGCAAUGGGUAUAAUGGAAUGUUCGGAACAUUUAUCUGGAGAACAAAUAGAUCGAUUUAUGAAUACAAUGUUGAGAUCACGUAUUUCAAGAAGAGUUUUAGCUGAACAACAAAUUGCUUUAACUGAAAAUUGGCACGAUCCCGGAUAUGCUUAUGAUCAAAGUGAGAAUGAUGGAUGGAUUGGUGUCAUAUCAACUCAUUGUAAGGCUAAUGAAAUUGUGGAAAAAUGUGCUAAAAUGACAAGAAACUUUUAUAAAACUUAUUAUGAUGUUGAACCACCACAGAUUCUUGUCGAUGGUCAAGUGGAUACUACUUUUGCUUACAUACCAGAUCAUAUAGAAUAUAUCAUCCAUGAAUUAUUAAUGAAUUCUGUAAAAGGUGUAAUCGAGAAACAUGCACCCUCAAUAUUAUCAACUUCUCAAUCCCCAUCAAAACAAAUGCUCGAAUCUUCCCAACUUUUCCCACCCAUCACUGUAACAAUAUGUUCUGGUCCAACGGAUUUAUAUUUCCGUGUAUCAGACCAAGGUGGUGGUAUACCUGAUAAAGUAUAUCCUUAUAUUUGGUCAUUUGCACGAAAAAGUAAUGAUCAAAAAAUUUUACACAAAUUUACAAAUUUCUCAAAAGUACCACAAAUGGCUGCUACAUUAGAAGAAUAUGAAAGACAUAUUAUACCUCCUGAUUUAGGUCUUGGUAUUGGUUUACCAAUGAGUAAAGUUUAUGCUGAAUAUUGGGGUGGUGGUUUAAACCUAUAUAGCUUGGAUGGUUAUGGUGUUGAUGCAUAUGUUAAAAUUACUAAAUUAGGAAAUCGAACAGAAAAUUUGUCUACAAGUGGACAAAUAAAUGAUUUAAUUCAACAACUUCGCGGAGCUGCUAAUACUUUAAACGCGUUAAUGGAAUCGGAUUCUAAUAAAAAUUCUAUUCGUGCGAACUUAAGUUUUAGUUCUGAUGAUAUCAAUAAUUAUGGCACCGCAGAAGGAAGUUAUCAAUAUACAACAAAUAACACUCCAGAAAUUGAUAUCGCUCUGGAGAAACUUCCUGAUAAAAGAAAACCUCCUAACAUGGUAAUUUGCACUAAAUUAAAACGCGAUGUAUAUUCGUCGGAUUCAUGUGAAGAAGAUUUACCGAAUGAAGAUGAAUCCUUGUCUACAUUUGAUCACAAAUCUCAACAAACAAUAUCUAGAAUCCCUAUCAGCACAAUAAAUCGACCUUUAACAGCUUCUCCACCACUAAGUAAAUCUACAAAUAAAUCAAUUGAUUUACCCGCAUGUCAAAAAAUGAGCACUACAUUAAAAUCAGAGGAACAAGUGUCACCCUGCAAGUCACGUUCGAAAAGAAAUCCUAAAGAUAUCGGUGAUCCGUUUACCUAUUCUUCUUAUUCGUUUGAAGAUACUGGACAACAAAAAACUCCAAAACAAAAAAGACGCAGAAAAGCAACAAAUACUAAACGUGAAACUCAUGAUCAAAGAAAAGCUCUCUCAAAUAUUACUAAUGGUAAACUUGCGAUCGCAACAUUGUCAACUAUCGGUCUCGGUGUCUACGCUGCUGUUAAAAGAGCCCAAUCGAAAAGACCUAAUCCCCUUACUGAUUCUCCACCGAUCAACGCUUCUUCUGCAGAAGAGGAAGCUUUUAUUCAGGAAUUUCUGAAGA